AUGGUGCAUAUUCCCUUGGAGGAGGAGACAUCGGCGAAUUCAGAGGGAAAUACUGGCAAGGAUGUGGAUUCUAUUCUGGCAAGAGUGAAUGCUCCUUUAACUGAAGGGACUCCUGUAGAGUCUAUUGCAAAUACUAAGAGGGCUUUGAUCCCUUAUCAAGUUGAGAAUGGUCCAGGUAAUAAAAGUGAUGAUGUUGAGAAUUCUGUUGGUGAUGUUGCAGUAGUGGCUACCCCUUUAGUCACUCUACCCGUGUCUCCUAUUCCUUUGGGAAUGCUUGGUUUCAUAUCUGAUUCUCCUGUGGCCUCUACUGGAGAUAAAAUUGUUCCAGUUGAAAGAUCUCUUACUCCUACCUUAACUAAAAGUCAAAGGAAAAGGCAAAGGAAAAAGGCUGCUGAAAUUGAAGCUAGUUCUAUAAUUACUAGAGUGUAUGGAGGUAGGAUUUGGUGUGGGUGGAAUCCACUCAUGUUUGAUGUGCAAAUUUUGGAAGUUAAAGCUCAAGUUAUCCUUCUCAAACUACGGAUUAGAAGUAGUGGUGUUCAGUUUUGGUUAAGUUGUGUCUAUGGGGAAAAUACAGUGGACGAAAGGAGGGAUCUGUGGAAUUGUUUAACUGAUAUGGCAAAUAUAGUUUCUGGUCCUUGGCUGCUCAUUGGUGAUUGGAAUGUUAUUCAGAGUAAUAGGGAAAAGCUUGGGGGGAAGCGAAUUGCCAAACGAAUUUAUUCUAAACUGGAUAGAGGCUUGAUGAAUGAAGCUUGGUCUAAUUCUAUCCCUGCAUCAAGAAUUGAUCUCACAUCUUCUCUUCUUUUGGAUCAUUGGGGUUUAUGUGUCAGGAUUCCUAUCAAUGUAGCUGCUGGUCCUAAACCUUUUAGGUUUUUAAGGGUGUGGCAUUCGCAACCUGUGUUGAAACAGGUGAUUGCAGAGGCUUGGUCAACAAGGGUUAAUGGUGAUCCUAUUGUUAAGGUUGUCCAAAAGCUAAGGGCAGUUAAAAAAGCUGUCAGAGUUUGGAAUACAACCAAAUUUGGUUCAGUAAAUGAGCAUCUUAUCUCAGCUAGGACUAAUCUGGAGGAAUGUCAAGUUGCAUUAUCUAAUGAACCAAUGUGCGCAGAGAGAAUCCAUAGUGAAGAAGAGGCUAGGAGGAAUUAUGAACAUGCUUUGUCUAAUGAAGAGAUCUUGGUUUCUCAAAAGGCUCGAAUCAAAUGGAAAAAGGACCUUGAUAGAAGCUCAAAAUUUUUUUAUCAGAAAAUCAAGGCUCACAGAGGUAACAAUAAUAUUACAGGUCUUACACAAGCUGAUGGAACCUUAGUGCAGGAUGAUAAUGGUAUUAAAGAUCUGUUAUUACAACAUUACACUUCUCUGUUCUCUUCUAGAGAGCACGUUAAUUCUCCUGAUGCUGCCUUCAUUAGAAGAACUCUUCUUGGGGAAGUUGUUGACAACUUGGAAGUCAAUAUUUCUAGAGAUAAAAUUAAAGCGUCAAUUCAAAUCAUAGAUAAAGGGCUUAACAGCACCUUCAUUACUCUUAUUCCUAAGAUAAAGGUAGCAAACAAGAUUGGGGACUUUAGGCCUAUUGCUCUUUGCAAUGUCAUCUAUAAGAUCAUUACCAAAUUGUUGGCUAAUAGAUUGAGUGUUGUUCUUGAUCAAAUUGUGGGUAAGGAACAAAAUGCUUUUGUCAAUGGUAGGAAAAUUCAGGAUAAUCUCAUCAUUGCCUCUAAAUUAUUGAGAGGCUUUGGAGCUAAGCAUACUUCUCCUACUUUAGCUUGGAAGGUGGAUCUUCGAAAGGCUUAUGACUCAGGGAACUUAGUUGCUUCUCCUGCUGCUGUCAAGGCAAAUUGUUUGGCCACUCACCAAUUUUUUGCUGAUGACUUACUUGCGGUUGUGAGAGCUAAUAUAACUUCAGGGUCUCUCCUUUUUACUUAUUUAGGCCUUCCUAUUUCUGACAGAGGAAUUAGGAGGUUGGAUUGUAAACCUUUGAUGGAUAAGGUUGUUGCUGCAACUACUAGAUGGGCUGGUAUGAACCUUUCAAUGGCAGGUCGCAUUGAGUUAUUAAGGGCUGUGGCUACUCCUAUGGUUUUAUACUGGUCUUCAGUUUACAGUAUUCUUGCUACUGUCAUUAACUUAAUUGAAAGAAGGAUGAGAAAUUUUGCUUGGGGGUAUAAUGAGAUCAACUUCAAGUUGCAUAGCAUGUGUUGGAAAAGAGUCAAUUCUCCAAAAACAGAAGGAGGUUUUGGUUUGAGGCAAAUUAGUGACAUUGAUAAAGCUGCAAAGUGUUCUUUAGCUUGGGACUUCCUUCUUUCGAAGGAUAGGUUGUGGGUAGCAUGGUUCAACAAACGCUAUUUAACUAAUGCUUCCUACUGGUCUGUUAUUCCAAAGGUUAAUCAUUCAUCCAUUUGGAAGAGCAUUGUAUCAGUUAGAGAUACUCUUAAGGUACAAUGUUCUUAUCGUAUUGGCAAUGGUGAUAAGAUUAAAAAUUUUAUGGAUCCAUGGUGUGAGGGUCAAUUUUUAUCAGAGGUUUUCAGUUAUAGAACCUUGAGACAAGUAUCCUCUAAUAAGCAGAUUGAUUUGAGCAGUUUCAUUGUUCAAAAUCAGUGGCAGUUCGAUGAUGUUCCAUUUGUUGUUCAACAAUUUUUCCAACAAUUCAGGAUUCAUGGUGGUGAGGACCAGUUAUUGUGGAACAAUAAAUCUUUUACAUUCAAAGCUGCUUGA